AUGUCUUCAUUUCCUGUACAACACUGGAAUCUGGGGAUUGGUCCGAUAACAUGUCAUGCUUGGAAUAAGGAUCGCUCACAGUUAGCAGUUUCACCGUCAAAUAAUGAGAUCCUAAUAUUUCGUUGGCAAGCUGGCCAGUGGAAACUGAUACACACCUUAAAAGAACACGAUCUGCCGAUAACUGGCCUCGACUGGGCACCAAAUACCAACCGAAUUGUUUCUUGCUCACAGGACAAAAAUGCAUUUGUGUGGACAUUGGAUGGUGAUCAUUGGAAGCCAGAGUUGGUACUAGUGAGAAUCAAUCGUGCUGCAACUUGUGUGAAGUGGUCUCCAUUAGAAAAUAAAUUCGCGGUCGGAAGUGGUGCAAAGUUGGUAUCGGUUUGUUAUUACGAGAAGGAGAAUGAUUGGUGGGUAUCCAGACAGAUCAAGAAACCAAUUCGAUCAACAGUUUCAUGCAUUGACUGGCAUCCAAAUAAUGUUCUACUCGCUGUUGGCGCUUGUGAUUUUAAGGUCUUUUUCAAUGAUCAUCCUAUUAUCGUGGGGUCAACGGGAGAGAAAAACAAUUCAUUUGAUUGCAGAUUACAUCGAAUU